CAGCUGAGGAGCCAUAAUAGAGGGUAGGGUCAGGGCGGACUGGCACCGGCAGUGUCGCCCAGGCUUCCGGCCGGUCGGUCGCCCUCGAAGACCCGCGGUGUCAGGUUGCAAGGCAGUUAGCGCUUUUGGGUGAGGAGACCGUGGCGGCGGCGGCGGCGGCGGCGGCGGCGGCGACCCCUCGGGCGGGAUGUUCCGAGGAUUGAGCAGUUGGUUGGGCCUGAAGCAGCCCGAGGGGGCGGCGGCGGUCGGAGAGCCGCCCAGCGGGGACGAGCUGUCUGCCGGAGACGCGCCUCCUGAGGAGCACCCCGAGCAACCCACCCAAGACGAGCAGCAGCCGGCAGAGGACCCAGAGCUCCUACACCAGGCCAGAGGCCUUGGAAAUUAUUUGUUUAACUUUGCGAGUGCUGCCACAAAGAAGAUAACAGAAUCUGUUACUGAAACAGCUCAGACAAUAAAGAAAUCUGUGGAAGAAGGAAAAAUAGAUGACAUCAUUGAUAAGACCAUUAUAGGGGAUUUUCAAAAAGAACAGAAAAAAUUUGUUGAAGAACAACACACAAAGAAGUCAGAAGCCGCUGUGCCGCCAUGGGUUGAUAGUCACGAUGAAGAAACAAUUCAACAGCAGAUUUUGGCUUUAUCAGCUGACAAGAGGAAUUUCCUUCGUGACCCACCAGCUGGUGUGCAGUUUAACUUUGAUUUUGAUCAGAUGUACCCUGUCGCCCUGGUCAUGCUCCAAGAAGAUGAGCUACUAAGCAAGAUGAGAUUUGCCCUUGUUCCUAAACUUGUAAAGGAAGAAGUAUUCUGGAGGAACUACUUCUACCGCAUCUCCCUGAUUAAGCAGUCGGCCCAACUCACAGCACUGGCCGCCCAGCAGCAAGCUUCUGGAAAGGAAGAGAAAAGCAGCAGAGAAGAUGAUUUGCCACUGACAGAGGCAGUACGGCCCAAAACACCACCUGUCGUAAUCAAAUCUCAGCUUAAAACUCAAGAGGAUGAGGAGGAAAUCUCUACCAGCCCAGGGGUUUCUGAGUUUGUCAGUGAUGCCUUCGAUGCCUGCAACUUAAAUCAGGAGGAUUUAAGAAAAGAAAUGGAGCAACUUGUACUUGAUAAAAAGCAAGUGGAAACAAUUGCACUAGAAGAAGAUUCUGCCGAUUGGGAAAAGGAACUACAACAGGAGCUUCAGGAGUAUGAAGUGGUAGCAGAGUCUGAGAAGCGAGAUGAAAACUGGGAUAAAGAAAUUGAAAAGAUGCUGCAGGAGGAAAACUAGUCCCAAACCAAUUCUUAACAUUGUGCUGACAUUACACUUUGAUGCUCGCUGAAUCAGAAGGCACAAAAAAAUAAAUAAUGAACUUUAUGCAAUUUGAAAUUAUUUUUUUUCAAGCUAAAACUUGCCUCUUAUAAAGUAUGCAAAACAGCUGUUGUAAUAAUCAAAAAUAACAGGAUAUUGUAUGUAACAUUUCAUAUAAAUCAAAUUAGCAAUGUUGUUAUAGGCAGCAGAGCUAGCUAUGCCACAGAAACACAAGUAAAAUACUAGAGUUUGUUUUCCACAAGGUUGGCAAUAUUUUUCUUUAGCCAUGAUUUUCUAAGCAUAUAUGCUCAUUGCCUUUUUGUUGUUACAUGGUUAAAGUACUUACUUAAUGGCUUAAUUACUAUCAGAAUGACCAAAUUAUACCAAAGAACGCAAGAGAAAGCACUUUCAAAACUAUUUUCUUGUCAGAUAUUUUCUAAAAUUCUGUCUGAAAGCCAAAAGCUGAAAUAAUUAAGUUCACUUGAAUGACAUAAACAUCACCCAAUUCGACGUUAAGAAACACUGUGCAGGACUAGGGAUGUGGUGGGCACUUGCCUGUUGUAGAAUAUUACUUUAAGGUGUAUUACAUUUGUUUAUGCUCUGGAACAUUUGUUUAAUGAUGCAAAGAUGUGCUGCAUUAUUUUAUGUUGCAUUUGUUUUACUCUGUGAAGCUGUGUUACUUUGCCUGUCUAAAACAUCUGAUGGUCUAAUAAAGAACUGUACAGCCAAUAGAAAGACAAGAGAACAGAUAGGCAGGGCUGGCAGGCAGAGAGAAUAAAUAAAAGGAGAAAUCUGGGAGGAACAAGAAGAAAGAUAGGGAACAAGAGAGGAAGGAGGAGGACGUAACAGCCAGACAUGGAGUAAAAAGGAAAGAAAAGGUAUACAGGAAUAGAGAAAGAUAAAAGCCCUGAGGCAAAAGGUAGACAGGAUAAUUUAAGAAAAGCUGGCUAGAAACAAGCCAAGCUAAGGCUGAGCAUUUAUAAUUAAGAAUAAGCCUCCAUGUGUGAUUUAUUUGGAGCUGGGUGGUGCACCCCCAAAAGAGUCAAAGAGCAAAAACAAACAACAUUGUGGCACCCAAUGUGGGGCUAGAGUAAAAGAAAAUCUAACAAUACUUGCCUGUCAUUCACAAUGCCCUGGGUUCCAACUCCACCUAAAAAAGCAAGGUAGAUUUGUUUAAAAAAAGUUUUACUUUCCCCUAGAACCUUUCAUUCUGUUUUGUUAUGUAUACUACAAAUUCAACAUCAGGCUUUUUGUAGGAACUGGGACCUUCAGUCCUUUUUGUAUUAAUAACCUUCAAGAAGCCUAUUUACCUUAAGGUUUGUUCUCAUGGUAAUGGUCACUAUGUAUGAAUGUCUUAAAUGAUUAGCCUUUAUAGAAUGAUCUUCCUUGGAGUAUAACUUCUUGAACUUGCUAAUUAAUCCUUCUUGUAUUCUGCUAUGCCAGCAGACAUCUGUUCAUAGAAUGUGAUCAUUUUAAGAGCAAGGUGAUUUAAUGUUAGAAAACUAACUAGCAUUCACCUUUUGUAUUUUCACAGCGCCUUUAUUUCAUAAGGGGGAAUAAAAUCAAGACAUUUCUUUAUAAGAAAAUUGUAUGUGUUUAUAUUCUUCUACACAUAAAAACUAGUCUAUGGUCCGCUGGUGUAGGUGGUCAGUGAGAGAACCAAGAAUAGAUAUAAGUAUUACUCUCAAUGUUUAUCUUUUGAGAUAUACACUGAUAAAAUGAACCAGACUGCCUCAUCUCAUGUCACUUCCUUUUAGCAAUAAACUUGAGUAUUCUAUGAA